AUGGAGCAAGAUCAUCUGCGGGACAGUGUGGCUGUGAGCCCUAGCCAUGGCUUAGGAGUGGAGAGGAGAGCCCAAGUUUCCUUCCUAGUAUGCCUGACAGGAACCAAAUAUGGCUGUGGAACAGGAGGCUGUGGGGCCUGCACAGUGAUGAUAUCAAAAUACAACCCAGUCACCAAGAAGAUCCGCCAUUAUUCUGCCACUGCCUGCCUAGUUCCCAUAUGUUCUCUCCAUGGUGCUGCAGUCACCACAGUGGAAGGUAUCGGAAGCAUCAAAACCAGGAUUCAUCCAGUUCAGGAGAGGCUUGCCAAAUGCCAUGGAACUCAGUGUGGAUUCUGCAGUCCAGGAAUGGUGAUGUCCAUAUAUACUUUACUAAGGAACCACCCAGAUCCAUCAACAGAGCAGUUAAUGGAAUUUCUUAGUGGUAAUCUGUGCCGAUGUACUGGAUACCGACCGAUUAUAGAAAGUGGGAGGACUUUCUGUGAGGAAUCAACUGUUUGUCAACUUCAAGGAACAGGAAAAUGUUGCAUGGAUCAAGAGGAAAAUCAGUUUUCCCUGGAUAAAGAGGAAAAAAUGUGUACCAAGCUGUAUGAUGAAAGUGAAUUCCGGCCCUUUGAUCCAUCCCAGGAGCCUAUAUUUCCACCUGAGCUAAUAAGGAUGGCAGAAGAUCCCCAAAAGAAAACUCUUAUUUUCCAUGGAGACAGGGUUAUGUGGAUGUCUCCUGCUAAUCUGAAUGAACUACUGGAGCUAAGAAUGAAGUACCCUAUGGCACCCCUUGUCAUGGGUAACACUACAGUUGGACCAAAUAUGAAAUUCAAAGGAGAAUUCUACCCUAUAAUCAUCUCUCCAGCUGGACUUCCAGAAUUAAAUUUUGUGGAUUUUACAGAUGAUGGUGUGACAAUAGGUGCUGGUUGUAGCCUGGCUGAAAUGAAAGAUAUUUUGACUUACACAGUUUCAAAAGAACCAAAAGAAAGGACUAAAACAUACCGUGCUCUCCUAAAGCACUUGCGCACGUUGGCAGGACAGCAGAUCCGGAGCAUGGCUACUUUAGGGGGGCAUGUGGCAAGCAAACAUGAUUAUUCUGAUAUCAACCCCAUUUUGGCAGCAGGCAAGGCCAUCCUCAAUUUAAUCUCCAAAGAAGGGGAGCGGCAAAUCCUUAUAGAGGAACUUUUCACAUCUCUCAAGGAAGAACUUCAUGAUGGAGAGAUUAUUUAUUCUGUUUUUAUUCCCCAACUCCAAAAGUGGGAAAUUAUAACAGCCCAACGACAAGCACAGCGCUUCGAAAAUUCCUUUGCAAUUGUUAAUGCUGGAAUGAGAGUCAAAUUUGAAGGCACAAAGAACAGUAUUAAGGACCUUAAGAUGUUCUUUGGAAGUGUUGGUCCUACCACAAUCUCAGCAAGUAAAACUUGUGAGCAGCUCAUUGGCAGACAAUGGAAUGACGAAAUGUUGAGUGAGGCAUGCAGAUUGGUGCUGGAUGAAAUUCGCAUCCCACCAACAGCUGUAGGGGGCAUGGUGGAAUAUAAAAGAACCCUGAUUAUCAGUUUCAUCUUCAAAUUCUACCUCAAAGUACUAAGAGAACUGCAUAAGCUGGAUCCCAGAAUGUAUCCAGAAAUCCCAGAAUCUUCCAGGAGUGCUCUGGAAGAGUUUCCCAUCAAGAUUCCACAGGGAAUACAAAUGUUCCAGUGUGUAGAUCCCCACCAACCUCCCCAAGACCCAGUUGGACAUCCAGUCAUGCACCAGUCAGGGAUUAAACAUGCCACUGGGGAAGCUGUUUAUAAUGAUGACAUACCCCGAAUGGAUAAAGAACUUCACCUGGCUGUAGUGACCAGUACUAGAGCUCAUGCAAAAAUCUUGUCAAUCGAUGUUUCAGAGGCCCUUGAAUUUCCAGGUGUUGUUGAUGUGAUAACUGCCAAGGAUGUCCCAGGAAAAAAUAACCAUGAAGGGGAGAUAUUAUAUGCAGAAAAUGAGGUGAUUUGCGUGGGUCAGAUUGUCUGUACUGUGGCUGCAGAUACUUAUGCCCAUGCAAAGAAAGCAGCUGAGAAAGUAAAGAUUAUUUAUGAAGAUGUGGAGCCCAGGAUCAUAACCAUAGAGGAAGCCAUAAAACAUAAUUCCUUUUUAUUUAAAGAGAAGAAAAUAGAAAAAGGAAAUGUAGACAAAGCAUUUAAAUAUGUAGAUGAUAUAAUUGAAGAUGAAGUCCAUGUUGAAGGGCAAGAACAUUUCUAUAUGGAAACACAAACCGUCCUGGUUUUCCCAACAGAAGAUAAAGAUAUGGUGAUAUACACAGGAACACAGUUUCCAACCCAUGUUCAGAACAUGAUAGCUGCUACCUUGGGUGUCCCAGGGAACAGGAUCAUGUGCCACAUGAAACGAACUGGUGGAGCCUUCGGAGGGAAAGUAUCCAAGCCUGCCCUGCUGGGAGCUGUUGCUGCAGUGGCUGCUCACAAGACUGGCCACCCAAUUCGUUUUGUUCUAGAACGAGGAGAUGACAUGUUAAUAACUGCUGGUCGCCACCCAUUGCUUGCAAAAUAUAAAAUAGGAUUCAUGAAAAAUGGCUUGAUAAAAGCUGUGGAUCUCCAAUAUUAUACCAAUGCUGGGUGUACUCCAGAUGAAUCUGAAAUGGUGCUAGAGUUCAUGGUGCUGAAAUCUGAAAAUGCUUAUGAUAUUCCCAACUUUCGGUGCAGGGGAAGGGCUUGUAAAACAAAUUUGCCAUCUAACACAGCCUUCAGGGGAUUUGGCUUCCCCCAAGGAACUUUGCCAGUUGAGAAUUACAUAACAGCUGUGGCAUUCAAAUGUGGUUUACCACCAGAGAAGGUUAGGGACAUGAAUAUGUACAAAACAGUUAACAGAACAGCUUACAAGGAGCCAUUUAAUCCAGAGCCAAUGCUAAAGUGUUGGGAAGAAUGCCUAGAUAAAUCUUCAUUCCAGAGUCGGAAAAAAGCCAUAGAAGAAUUUAACAAGAAAAAUGACUGGAAGAAGAAAGGAAUUGCUAUUAUUCCCAUGAAAUAUACAAUUGGAGUGCCUACUGCAUAUGAAAGUCAGGCUGCUUCUCUAGUUCAUAUCUAUCAGGAUGGAUCUGUCUUAGUGACUCAUGGCGGCUGUGAAUUGGGACAAGGUCUUUACACCAAAAUGAUUCAGGUUGCUAGUCGAGAACUGAAAAUACCCUCAUCAUAUAUAUAUCUUUUUGAAACAAGCACUACCACCGUGCCCAAUGCCAGCUAUACGGCUGGAUCUAUGGGAACAGAUAUCAAUGGAAGAGCAGUUCAGAAUGCCUGUCAGAUUCUUAUGAAACGCCUUGAGCCCAUCAUCAAGAAAAAUCCAAAAGGAAAAUGGGAAGAAUGGAUUUCUCAAGCUUUCAAGGAAUCCAUCAGCCUUUCAUCUACUGGAUAUUUCAGGGGCUACCAGACACAUAUGGACUGGGAAAAAGAAGAAGGUCGUCCAUAUCCAUAUUUUGUUUAUGGAGCAGGCUGUUCUGAAGUUGAGAUUGACUGUCUGACUGGAGCUCAUAAACUCCUCAGAACAGACAUCUUCAUGGAUGCUGCUUUCAGCCUAAAUCCUGCUAUUGACAUGGGACAGAUUGAAGGUGGAUUUAUUCAAGGCAUGGGAUUAUAUACAACUGAAGAACUGAAAUAUUCCCCAGAAGGUGUUCUUUACUCUAGGAGCCCAGAAGAUUAUAAAAUUCCUACAGUUACUGAAAUCCCAGAAGAGUUCUAUGUCACUUUUGUGCGUUCCCAAAACCCAAUAGCCAUCUAUUCAUCCAAGGGCCUAGGGGAGGCUGGAAUGUUCAUGGGAUCAUCUGUAUUCUUUGCCAUUACUGAUGCUGUGGCUGCAGCACGCAGGCAGAGAGGACUGACAGAGCCCUUCACUUUGAAUAGUCCAGCAACUCCGGAGAUGAUUAGAAUGUUGUGUGUGGAUCAGUUUACUGAACAGAUUCCCAGAGAUGACCCUUCAACUUUCAAACCGUGGUCCAUCCAUGUUUCCUAA